CUCACACAAUCACACGAAAGAAAAGAAAAGAAAAGAAAAGAAAAAGUAAUAUAAAACCAUCCCGGCAAGUAAUUCUGGCGAAGCAAAGCACUUUCUCUCAAACUGAAUUCUGGCGAAGCAAAGCAUUUUCUCUCAAACUGACUCAAAUCGCCAAAAGAGAAUUGGGGAAGAAAAGAGAAACCAACACAGAGCAUAGCUAAUUGAUAUUCAUUCGAAUUUUCAAUUUCGGCUGGAGAAAAAUGCUCAUUUCAAUUUCUCCAGAAAUGAAAUUGGAGGGAAGAUUGGAGUGGCUGUGCAUUCCGUAUUAGUGUAAUUUGUUAGGGGACUAGGAGCAACCAGCUUCUUCGUCCCCAACACAUGGGGUGAAAUUGAGCAUUUUGUUAUACAAGGGAAGACCAUGAGCGGGAGACUCCGUUGCCCUUUUCUUGGGGUUCCACUUCAUGGGUCUUCUUCGAACGGCAGAAAGGUGGGAAAUUUUAUUUACUUAGAUGGAGGGCAGCGGGGAAAAAGGCGUUCUCAGAGGUGCGUAUUUGCAAGGCAGAAUCCUUGGAUAACUCAAGUCAUUAGAUUUUCGCAUUUCUGUGGACAAAAUGUGGAAUUGUUCAAGAAAAAUUUGGGGUCUAGAUAUGGAAUGAAGGUUGAAGAACGUCUUUCUCGAAGCAAGGCUUUGGUGAGCUCUUUGGCUCCUUUGUGGAAAGAGGGGUUAUUUCUUAUUAGAUGCUCUGUUUUUGUAGCUGUGAUCUCCGGGGUGUGCUUGUUAGUAUGGUAUGGGCGGGCAAAAGCCAAAGGGUUUGUUGAAGCCAGGCUUUUGCCGUCCAUUUGUUCUGCACUUAGUGAGUAUAUAGAGCGUGAGCUUGAUUUUGGUAAGGUUCGUAGGAUUUCCCCCUUAAGCAUUACAUUGGACUCGUGUUCAGUAGGGCCUCAUAAUGAGGAAUUUUCUUGUGGCGAGGUGCCCACCAUGAAAAUUCGUCUUCGUCCUUUUGCAAGUCUAAGGAGGGGAAAGAUUGUGGUCGAUGCAGUUUUGUCUCAUCCGACUUUACUGGUUGUGCAGAAGAAGGAUUAUAGUUGGUUAGGGAUACCUUCAUCGGGAGAUGCUCUUCAAAAACAUUUAUCAACUGAAGAAGGAAUUGAUUACCGUACAAAAACCCGGAGGAUUGCUAGAGAGGAAGCAGGUGCUCGCUGGGAAAGAGAAAGGGAUGAAUCAGCCAAAAAUGCUGCAGAAAUGGGAUUUAUUGUUUUUGACAAGGGUUCUAGUCUAUCUGGACGUGAUUUUUCGAAAGAAGACAGCAGUCGUUUAGUUGAAUUUACAAGCUUAGACUCUUUUUUAUGCACAGAUGAGAGGAUGCAUUUGAGAGAUCAUCAUUGCCUGGACACAGGUGUCGAUUAUGAUACGAAGCAUGCAGAUUUAGAGAAAUCAUUUGGUGUGAAAGUUCCCGGUUCGGGGCUUAAAUUCUGGUCCAGUGUGAUAAAGGGGCCAAAAAAACGCAAAUUCAAAAGGAGUGCUAAUGGAAGUGACAUCUCGGCAUCUGGAAUUACUGCCAAAAGAAGAAUUCUUGGGCGUAGUGCAAUAGCAGCCGCCGCAUAUUUUCAAGGAUUAUUAAGUAGAAAGUCUAGCGGGCCUUCAGCGCCAUUGGGAGGUUAUGAUGUUAGUAAUCUUGAUACCCUUUUGGUGCAAAAUGAGGUUGGUGCUGGCACUUCUAGCUCAAGUGCUGCAGGAGCUAAUGCUAAUUGUUGUGGAGAAAGUGAGAAUCUAGGAGGUGACGUUCUAGCUGGCCAUGAUGAGAUACCAAAGAGCCAUGAACGUCAUGCAUCAGGAAAUCCAAUCCCCGAACAGCUCGAUCAAUUGCUUGAUUCAAACCGGCCAGUUUCUAUCUGGCCAUUAACAAUUGAUUCAAGAUUAUCCAUUUUUUCUAGAAACCUGAAGGACCGGUUAUAUUGCUUUUUCUACACGCCCAUUCAAAAGCUGGCAUCACGUACAGGUCCUAGGGUUGACGAUAUUGUUGCAGAAAUUGCUUAUGGGGAAGAUGUAGUGCAAGAUGAAGGUGUUGGAAAGACGCUUCCAGUUAUGCUUGAUUCUGUCCAUUUCAAAGGAGGAACGCUAAUGCUACUUGCAUACGGUGAUAGGGAACCAAGGGAGAUGGAGAAUGUUAAUGGACAUGUGAAGUUUCAAAAUCACUACGGCCGAGUUCAUGUAGAAUUGAGUGGCAACUGUAAGAUGUGGAGAUCAGAUUUAACAUCUGAGGACGGCGGCUGGUUGUCUACAGAUGUUUUUGUUGACAUUGUUGAACAGAAAUGGCACGCCAACUUGAAAACUGGCAAUUUAUUUGCUCCGCUCUUUGAAAGGAUUUUAGAAAUUCCUAUCGAGUGGUCCAAAGGCAGAGCCACAGGCGAGGUUCACAUUUGCAUGUCUACCGGAGAAACAUUUCCAAAUCUUCAUGGACAGCUUGAUGUCACAGGGUUGGCUUUUCACAUAUAUGAUGCUCCAUCUUGGUUUUCUGACGUUUCAGCAAGUUUAUGUUUUCGUGGUCAACAAAUUUUCUUACAUAAUGCACAUGGAUGUUUUGGUGACGUUCCUUUAGAGGCUUCUGGAGAUUUUGGAAUUCAUCCUGAUGAGGGAGAGUUUCAUGUUAUGUGUCAGGUUCCUUGCGUAGAAGUAAAUUCUCUGAUGAAUACUUUCAAGAUGAGACCUCUCAUGUUUCCGCUUGCUGGUUCUGUGACUGCUGUUUUUAAUUGUCAAGGCCCACUGUAUGCUCCUAUAUUUGUGGGAAGUGGAAUGGUUUCUAGAAAAAUGUCUUAUUUAGCUUCUGAUUUUGCUCCAUCCGCUGCUUCAGAAGCUGUUUUGAAAAGUAAGGAGGCUGGUGCCAUAGCCGCGUUUGAUCGCGUUCCAUUUUCAUAUUUAUCAGCCAACUUCACCUUCAAUACGGACAAUUGUGUUGCUGACUUAUAUGGAAUUCGAGCUAGCCUUGUGGAUGGUGGUGAAAUUCGAGGUGCAGGGAAUGCGUGGAUUUGCCCGGAGGGUGAGGAGGAUGACACAGCAAUGGAUGUGAACUUCUCUGGAAGUUUGUGCUUUGACAAAAUAAUGGAUCGAUAUAUGCCUGGUUAUCUUCAAUUAGUUCCAUACAAAUUAGGGGAUUUAAAUGGAGAAACAAAACUCUCUGGUUCCUUAUUGAGACCGAAAUUUGAUAUUAAAUGGACUGCACCAAAGGCUGAAGGGUCAUUUAGUGAUGCUCGGGGAGACAUCAUCAUCUCACAUGAUUCAAUUGUUGUUAAUUCCUCAUCUGUUGCUUUUGAGUUGAACACAAAGGUUCAAACAUCUUAUCACGAUGAAUACUGGCUAAACAGGAAGAAUUUUAGUGCAAAGAGUGCCAUGCCAUUUGUUGUUGAGGGAAUCGAAUUGGAUUUGCGUAUGCGCGCUUUUGAAUUCUUUAGUUUGGUCUCUUCUUAUCCUUUUGAUUCUCCAAAGCCCAUCCACUUGAAAGCAACAGGAAAGAUCAAGUUUGCGGGCAAGGUGUUACAACCAAGCAGUAUAAGUAAUGAGCAAGUCUCAGAUCUCGAGAUUAACAAGAAACAAGUAAAAUUAACAGACAAAGGAAACUGUCUUGCUGGUGAAGUUCAUAUCACGGGUCUCAAAUUGAAUCAGUUGAUGUUGGGACCUCAAUUGGCUGGACAAUUGAGCAUUUCACGUGAUUGUUUCAAGCUGGAUGCCACAGGCAGGUCAGAUGAAAGUCUUGCAGUGGAGUUUGUAGGGCCAUUGAAUCCUAACAGUGAAGAAAAUUCAGAACAUGGAAAAAUGUUGUCUUUUUCCCUUCAGAAGGGGCAACUAAAAGCUAACAUUUGUUUCCAACCCUUUCAUUCUGCUAACUUGGAGGUGCGCCAUUUGCCGCUUGAUGAAUUGGAGUUGGCUUCGCUCCGGGGGACACUACAAAGGGCAGAAAUUCAGCUUAAUCUUCAGAAAAGAAGAGGCCAUGGAGUGUUAUCUGUUCUUAGGCCCAAAUUCAGUGGUGUACUAGGUGAAGCCUUAGAUGUGGCUGCUAGAUGGAGCGGUGAUGUUAUUACUGUCGAAAGAACUGUUUUAGAGCAAAGCAAUAGCAAGUAUGAGCUUCAUGGAGAAUAUGUGUUGCCUGGCACUCGAGACAGAAAUCUUGCUGGCGGGGAGACUGGUGGCUUGCUUAAAAGGGCAAUGGCUGGGCAUCUAGGUAGUGUCAUAUCUUCCAUGGGGAGGUGGCGAAUGAGACUUGAAGUUCCCCGAGGUGAGGUUGCUGAGAUGCUUCCCCUUGCAAGACUUAUAUCUAGAAGUACAGAUCCUGCAGUCCAUACGAGAUCAAAGGACUUAUUUAUUCAAAGUUUGCAAUCAGUGGGAUUAAACAUGGAAAGUGCUAAAGAAAUGCUUGAGGUUAUACAUGGCCUUUACAUAUCAUCAAACGAGGUUAUUUUGGAAGGUCUAAGUCUUCCAGGUUUGGGUGAACUUAAAGGUCGUUGGCAUGGCUCUCUCGAAGCAAGUGGUGGCGGCAACGGGGAUACAAUGGCAAACUUCGACUUUUGUGGGGACGACUGGGAGUGGGGAACCUACAAAACUCAACGUGUUCUUGCAGUUGGUGCUUACAGCAAUGAUGAUGGUCUGCAUCUGGAGAAAAUUUUUAUUCAGAAGGAUGAUGCCACAAUCCAUGCAGAUGGGACUUUGCUAGGGCCAAAGAAUAAUCUUCAUUUUGCUGUUCUAAAUUUUCCUGUGAGUCUAGUGCCCACUCUAGUUCAGGUUGUUGAGUCUUCAGCUAAUGAUGUUGUUCAAUCUUUGCGACAAUUCCUAGCACCAAUUAGGGGUAUAUUGCACAUGGAAGGUGAUCUUAGAGGUACCCUUGCAAAACCAGAAUGUGAUGUGCAAGUUAGGCUCUUGGAUGGUGCCAUUGGUGGUAUAGAUCUCGGCAGAGCUGAAAUUGUUGCAUCUCUAACUUCAACCAGUCGUUUUCUGUUUAAUGCAAAAUUUGAACCAAUCGUUCAGAAUGGUCAUGUACAUAUCCAAGGAAGUAUUCCUCUUACUUUUGUCCAAAAUAGCAUGUUAGACGAAGAUGUAGAAAAAGAUAUAAGUCAAGUCAAUUGGGAGCGUGGUUGGGUAAAAGAAAGAGAUAGGGGUUCCAGUGAUGAUGCCAAUGAAAAGAAACUUCCCAGAGAGAGAAAUGAAGAGGGUUGGGAUACCCAACUAGCUGAAAGCCUUAAAGGCUUAAACUGGAAUAUACUAGAUGUAGGUGAAGUUAGAGUGGAUGCUGAUAUUAAAGAUGGAGGCAUGAUGUUGUUAACUGCUUUAUCUCCUCAUGCCAACUGGCUUCAUGGAAAUGCUGAUAUUAUGAUACAGGUAAGAGGGACAGUUGAACAACCAGUGCUCGAUGGGUUUGCGUCAUUCUACAGGGCAUCUAUCUCUUCACCAGUACUCUGGAAGCCACUAACAAACUUUGGUGGCACAGUCCAUAUUAAGUCAAAUAGGUUAUGUAUCAGUUCAUUGGAAAGUAGGGUUAGCAGAAGGGGUAAGCUGUUUAUAAAAGGGAACCUGCCUCUAAGGACGAGUGAAGCAGCCCUUGGUGAUAAGAUAGACUUAAAAUGUGAAGUUCUUGAGGUCCGCGCGAAGAAUAUUCUAAGUGCCCAGGUUGACUCCCAGAUGCAGAUAACAGGUUCUAUAUUGCAACCAAAUAUUUCUGGAAAUAUCAAACUGAGCCAUGGAGAAGCUUAUCUACCUCAUGAUAAGGGCAGUGGAGCUGCUCCUAAUAGAUUGGUAUCAAACCAGUCUAGGCUUCCCAGUGGCAGUGUUAACAGGGCAGUUGCUUCAAGAUAUGUUUCACGGUUUUUCAGUUCACAACCUGCUGCUUCAAGGACCACCCGGUUCCCUCAACCCUCAGUUGAAUCAUCUGAAGUUGAAAAGGAAAGGGAGCAAGUGGAUUUCAAACCAAAUGUGGACAUUCGGCUUAGUGACUUGAAGCUUUUUCUAGGCCCUGAAUUGAGGAUAGUUUAUCCUUUGAUUCUUAAUUUUGGUGUUAGUGGAGAACUCGAGUUGGAUGGUCUAGCUGAUCCAAAAUGGAUUCAACCCAAAGGCAUCCUGACUUUUGAGAAUGGUGAUGUAAAUCUUGUUGCCACUCAGAUGAGACUUAAGCAAGAGCAUCUGAAUAUUGCAAAAUUUGAGCCCGAGAAUGGACUAGAUCCGAUGCUAGAUUUAGUUUUGGUAGGAUCUGAGUGGCAAUUCAGGAUUCAAAGUCGGGCCAGCAAGUGGCAGGACAAACUGGUGGUGACUUCUACACGGCCUGUUGAGCAGGAUGCCAUUUCACCCCUGGAGGCUACUAGAGUUUUUGAGAGCCAAUUGGCAGAGUCCAUUUUGGAAGGCAAUGGCCAGCUUGCAUUCCAAAAGCUUGCAACUACAACACUUGAAAAACUCAUGCCAAGAAUUGAAGGAAAGGGGGAAUUUGGUCAAGCCAGAUGGAGGCUAGUUUAUGCACCACAGAUUCCGAGUUUGCUUUCGAAUGGUGGUGUAGUUGAUCCUCUUAAAUCUAUUGCCAGUAGUAUCUCAUUUGGUACAGAAGUUGAAGUGCAGCUUGGAAAACGUCUUCAGGCCUCCAUUGUUAGGCAGAUGAAGGACUCGGAAAUGGCGAUGCAAUGGACCUUGAUCUAUCAGCUUACGAGCCGCUUGCGUGUGCUGCUACAAUCUGCCCCAUCAAAACGGCUCCUUUUUGAAUAUUCUGCUUCAUCACAGGAUUGAUCUAUUGGGCACUUUGCUCGGUCUUUUUGUCGGUGAUCCACAGUAGCGCUCAUGGCGAUGUAAAUUCAAUUCUCAUUCCAGAAUUAGUUUUUAGUUUUGAUGAGAAAUAGGAACAGGUUAUUCCCAUUCCCCAAUAAAAAGAAAUUAAAAAUUUCGUAAUAACAAUAUUAAUAUUGUAGUUGUAUCACCUUAUUCUUUGCUCAGUAUUGAAUGAGCUUGUUUGUAUGUCCAGCAUAUUUGAAAAUGUACAUAGUCCAAUAUUAAUGAAAGAGAA